AUGUUUAGAUCAAAGAGAAACAUGAAUUUAGGGAACAAGUUUCAGCACUCAUCACAAGUCCAGGGCCAACCACAGUCUAAUUUGCAAGCUCAACAAAUAUUGUUGCAACAACUUCACCAGGGCCAGUCCAAUUUACAACAACUGCAAAACUCUUCUCAGCAACAGCAGCCACAAAACACGGGAGGAACUGGAUUGGGAGCAGGCUUUCAACCGAACGAGAUCUUCAAUGAUGGUUUAAACCAAAACUUGUUUCCAAACAACUUUCAAAGAAAUCAAUCGUCUUUGCAACAGCAACAGCCACAGCCACAAGCACAAAACCAACAGCAACAGUUUUUUCCGCAAUUUCUGCAUAACCAAAGCAACCAACUGAAUGCAACGGCACAUUCAUUGAUUGGCGGGAUCCUGCAGUUACAGCAACAACAACAACAACAACAACAACAACAGCAGCAGCAGCAGCAGCCAUACCAGUCAAAUCCUUUGUCGCGCCAACUCCCACAUCUUCAACAACCAUUCUUUGGCCAGCAGCAACAACAACAGCAGCAGCAGCAGCCACCACAAUUACAACAACAAAAGCAACUCUCUCAGCUCUCACAUCUUUCGCAGCAACAGCAACAACAACAGCAGCAACAGCUUCAACAGCAAUUGCAGAUGCAAGCUGGUCAAUUGCCAACAGUGAACUUGAAAAAUAACAUCCCUAAUGGUCUCGCCAAUAAUUUGAUGGUGGAUACACCAAAUACGAUCUAUUGGCAACAUCAAGAACAGCUAUGCCAGAUAUCACGAGCUACAAAAAUACCGCAUUCAUACGCUAGGCAAUAUGCCUCAAACUCACGCAAAUUGAAGAAUCCAUAUAGCGAUACCAAGUCUAUAAGUUUGGUCGAGGCCACCAGAGCAAUGAUUGCAAGUGCGGAAGAGGAGGAGGAACGACAAAAAAGAAGUAGCCUGGCCAAUAGCGAUACACCACUUGCAUCAAACUCUGCACUACUACAUAACAAGAAGGUAUCGCAGGAAUUAGACGAAGACUCAAUGGAGGAACAGCGUAUGAGAUUAAAGACUAAAGGUAGGCAAUUGUGGUGUCAAUUGGAUCUAAGUGGUCAAGGCUUAGUUCAGCUCUCACCCAAUUUGUUUCACUAUGAUUUUCUUGAAUCCUUAUACUUGAACAAUAACAAGUUGACAUCGGUGCCACCAGCUAUUAGUAAAUUGAGAAGUUUAAGAGUUCUUGACUUGUCAAAUAACAAAAUCAGCGAACUUCCUUCCGAGCUUGGGCUUUGUUUUAAUAUAAGAUUUCUCUACUUGUUUGACAAUAAUAUAAAAACCUUACCCAACUCGUUUGGUAAUUUGAUUGAACUUUUGUUCUUGGGGAUUGAAGGAAAUCCAAUAGACAUGAAAAUUGCGAACAUAAUUGCCGAAAAGGGAACAAAGGAACUCAUUGCUACUUUGAGAGACCAGCAAACUACGCUAAAGACACCAAAGCCAAGACCGUGGUUGAAGGUGGAGGAUGAUGGAGAAAUUGUGGAUUCACACGAGGUGUAUAACCAACAGGAUAAUGACUCUUCUUCCAAUCUGUUCACCAUGCUUUCGUACAAUACAUUAUGUCAGCAUUAUGCCACACCUAAGAUGUACAAGUUCACCCCAUCUUGGGCUUUGAAUUGGGAGUAUCGUAGAAAUGCAUUGGAGAAGGAGAUUUUGCAGUAUGGCACAGAUAUUAUAUGUAUGCAAGAAGUUGAAACUAGAACAUUUACAGAAUUUUGGCUCCCGCUUUUGUCACAAAAAGGUUACAAAGGUUUGUUUCUUAACAAGACCAGGUCUAAAACCAUGAAUGAAAACGACUCAAAGAAAGUUGACGGUUGUGCAACUUUUUACAAGGUGGACAAAUUUACAUUGGUGCAUAAACAAAACUUUGAAUACAAUAGUGUUUGCAUGGGUUCCGAGAAGUACAAAAAGACAAAGGAUAUUUUUAAUCGAUUUAUGAAUAAAGAUAAUGUGGCACUAAUCUCGUAUUUACAACACAAGGAGACUGGUGAAAAAAUAUGUUUUGUCAAUACACAUUUACAUUGGGAUCCAGCAUUCAAUGAUGUCAAGACUUUACAGAUUGGUAUACUUUUGGAAGAGUUGCAGGGUAUAAUCAAGAGAUACCAGCAUACCUCGUCAAUGGAGGAAGUGAAGAACUCAUCCCUCGUCAUUUGCGGUGAUUUUAACUCGGUUAAGGAAUCUGCCGUAUAUCAAUUAUUCUCCACGGGCUCCUCACAAAGUCACGAGGACAUGGCUGAUAGAGAUUAUGGCAAAUUCACCGAGUCGGGUUUCCACCAUCCGUUCAAGUUAAAGUCGGCAUAUGAGCCAGUUGGUGAAUUACCAUUUACGAAUCUUACACCAGCGUUUACUGAUAAUAUUGAUUAUAUAUGGUAUUCAACGUCAACAUUAGGUGUCAAAGGUCUCCUUGGUAAAGUUGAUGAAGAGUAUGCGUCGAACUGUAUUGGGUUUCCAGAUGCAAACUUCCCAUCAGAUCAUGUUCCUAUUUUAGCCAAGUUCCAGAUUAAAAAAUCUGCACAGGGUCGUUGA